AUGGAUAAAAAAUACCCCGAAUGCGCUCAUCACGAUGUGGUGGGCACCACCAUAACGAAACCAUACUCCAAAGGCCUCGACGCGAUUGUCGGAGUACCAGGAGUUUGGGAGGCCACCCUUGCGGAUGCCCAGGCUGCUAAUGCCCAUGAACAUUCCCUCAGCGUCCGUCAUGCAUUGAAGUCGUAUCCCUGGGCAGUGGUCUGGUCUCUUAUGAUUUCUUUGUCGAUUAUCAUGGAGGGCUAUGAUACUAUCCUUAUCGGCUCAUUAUAUGCGUAUCCAAGCUACGCCGAGCGCUUUGGCAGCAUUGAUUCCUCCACUGGUAAGAAUCAGAUCCCUGCGAAAUGGCAGAGUGCAAUGGGCAGCGGACCACCGGUUGGAGCCAUUAUUGGCGCCCUCUUGAAUGGCUUGGUGAUCCAACACUUGGGGUAUCGACCGGCCUUCUUGCUUGGCCUUGUCCUGAUGGCAUCGUUCUGCUUUAUAUCCUUCUUUGGUACGAAUGUCGAACUGCAAGCCACUGGGCAAAUUUUGUGCGGAAUACCAUGGGGCAUCUUUGCGACAAUUGGCCCCGCCUAUUCUUCAGAGCUUUGUCCGCUUCCUCUUCGACCGUAUCUCACUGCGUAUACUAAUAUGUGCUUUGCAACGGGUCAACUCAUCGGUGCCGGGGUUCUACAAAGCUUCCUUAAUCGGAAUGACGACUGGGCUUGGCGCAUUCCGUUCGCUCUCCAAUGGAUGUGGAUUCCUUUUCUCUUUGUUGCAUCCUUCCUCAUGCCCGAGUCUCCGUGGUACUUAGUCCGAAAAGGCAAAUACGCAGAAGCAGAAAGGGUUGUAUGUUCGCUGAUGUCAAAUGACGAAAGAGAACACGCACGCCCUUUGGUUGCGUCGAUGAUUCACACGAAUAACCUCGAACAAAAGAUUGCAGAAGGUGUCCAAUACUGGGACUGCUUUAGAGGCAUUGACCUUCGCCGCACGGAAAUUGCCUGCGUCUCUUUCAUUGGGCAGAUUACCUGUGGUGCUCAAUUUGCUUAUUCUGCUACUUACUUCUUCCAACAAGCAGGUCUUAGCUCUAACGACUCUUACAAACUAAAUAUUGGCGGGACCAGCAUCGCGUUUUGUGGUACCAUCGCGUCGUGGUUUUUAAUGAGACGAUUUGGUCGACGGAGCCUUUAUUUGACUGGGAUGGCGCUAAUGGCUACUUUUCUUUUCAUCAUUGGAGGUCUCGCGAUUGACACAAAAAGUCCAUCAAUUAAAUGGGUUCAAUCGAUUCUUUGCAUCGUUUGGCUACUCAUAUACUCUCUUACUGUUGGUCCCCUGGGCUGGAGUAUCCCAGCAGAAGUGUCAUCCACACGUUUAAGGUCGAAAACUGUGGUAUUGGCUCGGACUUGCUAUUAUCUGGCACAAAUCGUGGCAAAUGUCAUACAACUCUACAUGAUGAACCCAACUGCAUGGAACUGGAGAGGGAAAACUGGGUUUUUCUGGUUUGCCUUCGCAUUUCUCAGUGUUGUGUGGGCAUUUUUCCGACUCCCCGAGACAAAAGGACGAAGCAAUGAGGAGCUUGAUGUGAUGUUCGAUGCUAAAGUCCCAACCCGGAAAUUCAAAAGCUACCAAGCCAACGCCUACAGUUUUGAUGAGGAGGGAAUACGUGAGGCUUAG